CAAUACAGUUGGCGCAGUGGCGGUGGCCUAGGCGGCGCAGCGACGGCGCGUGCCUUGUUACAUUCGCCAGUGGUCCGAGUCUGUGAGAUGCUGUCAAACCGAACGGACGCCGGGUCGAUGUCGCGAUUGGUGUGAGGGUCGCUCUUAGAGCUACGUUGAGUUUUUACAUUGCGCCAGUGCGCCCGACAGCCUCCAUCCAAGGGGCAUCAGUAAUAUAAUUGUCACAGAUCACCAACCAUGUCGGUCGACAAGGAGGAGCUGGUGCAACGCGCCAAGUUGGCGGAGCAGGCGGAGCGGUACGACGACAUGGCGGCCGCGAUGAAGGAAGUCACGGAAACCGGCGUCGAGCUAAGCAACGAAGAGCGAAACCUGCUCUCGGUUGCCUAUAAGAACGUCGUGGGCGCCAGGCGGUCAUCAUGGCGAGUAAUCUCCUCAAUCGAACAGAAAACCGAAGGCUCGGAAAGAAAACAACAGAUGGCAAAAGAAUAUAGGGUUAAAGUAGAAAAAGAGCUCAGAGAAAUCUGCUACGACGUUUUGGGCUUACUUGAUAAACACCUAAUCCCUAAAGCUAGUAAUCCAGAAAGCAAAGUAUUUUACCUUAAAAUGAAAGGAGAUUACUACAGGUACCUUGCAGAAGUGGCCACAGGAGAAACCAGAAAUUCUGUUGUAGACGAUUCACAGAAAGCAUACCAGGAUGCUUUCGAAAUCAGCAAGGCAAAAAUGCAGCCCACACACCCAAUAAGGCUCGGGCUGGCGUUAAAUUUCUCCGUGUUCUAUUAUGAGAUAUUAAAUUCACCAGACAAGGCGUGUCAGCUCGCCAAACAGGCGUUCGACGACGCGAUCGCCGAGCUGGACACACUUAACGAGGACUCGUACAAGGACUCGACGCUGAUCAUGCAGCUGCUGCGGGACAACCUGACGCUGUGGACGUCCGACACGCAGGGCGACGGCGACGAGCCGGCCGAGGGCGGCGACAACUAGAGCCGGCGCUCGCCGCUCGCCGCACUCUCAUCGGUGUCGUCACUCGCGAGUAACAUUCGAGAACGCCGCGCGGCCGUCGCCUCCCGCCGCCAGCCGUCGCUUGUAAAAAUGUUAAACAUGUCGUUCGCAGCGGACCUUCACGUUCCGUCUAAAAUUAAUGUUAUGUGUCAUCUUUGACGGUUUUGUAUUUCUGUAUUUACACUGGAUUACAGAUAUCGAGCUGACCUGAUGAAUAUAAAUAUUUAUAACUUAAGUUAUUAAAAUUACGGUUUCUUAA